AUGUAUGCUGUGGCCAAUAUGUCUUCACAGGAUAGCCAUGGACCAUUUGAAGGUCCCCAGUGGCCUCAUGUUGCACCGCGUAGUACAUUCUUGAUAAUUGCCGUGCUAAUGGGGAUUGUGGUUGCCUUAGCAUUCUUUGUCAAUGGUCUAGUUAUCAUGGUCUCCAUCAGGUACAAGAAGCUAAGAUCCCCUUUGAACUACAUAUUGCUUAAUCUAGCAGUGGCAAAUGUGCUGGUCACAAUUUUUGGGAGUUCUGUUAGCUUCUUCAACAAUAUCACCGGUUAUUUUACAAUGGGAAAGGCGAUGUGUGAAUUUGAAGGCUUCAUGGUUUCACUAACAGGUAUUGUUGGCCUCUGGUCACUGGCAAUUUUAGCCUUUGAAAGAUAUAUUGUAAUCUGCAAGCCCAUGGGGGAUUUUCGCUUCAAACAAAGGCAUGCAGUCUUUGGGUGUGCCUUCACUUGGAUCUGGGCCCUGGUUUGGACAUCUCCACCUCUCUUUGGUUGGUGUAGUUAUGUCCCAGAAGGUUUGGGGACAUCCUGUGGACCCAACUGGUACUCAGGCGGCAGCAAUAAUAACAGCUAUAUUCUGGUUUUGUUUACCACUUGCUUCGUUAUGCCUUUAAGUACAAUUAUUUUCUCCUACUCAAACUUGAUAAUGGCUUUGAGAGCAGUUGCUGCACAGCAGAAAGAAUCUGAAACAACUCAGCGAGCUGAGCGAGAAGUCACUAGGAUGGUGAUUGCCAUGGUACUGGCCUUUCUUGUCUGCUGGUUGCCCUAUGCAGCAUUUGCCAUAGUGGCAGCCACCAAUAAGGACAUUGUCAUCCAACCAACUUUAGCUUCAAUGCCUUCAUAUUUCUCAAAGACAGCCACUGUGUACAAUCCAGUUAUCUAUGUUUUCAUGAAUAAACAGUUCAGAAACUGCCUAAUAAGUCUUGUGUGUUGUGGGCGCAAUCCCUUUGCGGAAGAAGAAUCUAGCACAGCAAGCGGGCGUACAGAUGUCACUUCGGUGACUGAGGGAGGCGGAAAUAAAGUUACUCCAUCAUAAUCUUUUCAUCUUUACUAGGAGCCUGCCAUUAACCAUUUGGAAAAAUACAUGCAAAAAAUAAAAAAUAAAUUCUAACCCUUGCUCGGGGAUAGUAUUUGAGUCCUAUGUAUUUUGUUCGAGUUUCAAAAUGUAGUUAUUAAUUAAAAUACAUAAUUCACAUCAA